AGUCCGGUACAAUGACCAUUGUGCAAAGGGCGCUGACACUUGAUGACACCUCAAAAAAAAGGGAGUUUAUCAUGUCUUGUGGGACAUCCUGUACAUAAUAGACAUAUUUUUUAUUUUUUUGGGAACUUAAGAAGUUGAAGUAAGUUGAAUCAAGCACUUCUAGGUCAUGCAUAUAACACAAUCAAAUGAAAAGCACUAGGUGGUAGCUGAGGGUACCUUCUUGUGUCGCGUUAGAACGUUUUCUAAUGCGCCGUCCCACAGUUUCAGGUAUCGGAUCUCAUUACAUACGUAAAGCGGUAUAGUAGGAGGAGCACGGUAGAAGUAGGUCACAUGUUUGACCACACGCCCGGCGAAGGGUGGCGCGCAAGUGCACAAGCUGCACGUACAAUAACAAACGAAGAAGAAUGACGCAUUUGAUUGGUCUAAACUUUGGCGGACUUUUACCCUUCGUCACCGUGUUUUUUUCCCUUCUAGUUCCCCGUGGCUGCCUCGUGAUGAGUUUUGUAUUUGACAGCGACAUUCGCUGUACGUCUUUCGUUGGCUCUCAAUCACUGGAAAAAGGACGUGGAGGACGUGUGGCCUGAUGAGUUCAGAUUGACUUCCACACAUGAAAUCAGCACUGUGCAAGAACAACAGCAAGCAUGUCUUUAACAAAUGUCACCAAGGACGCAUGGGACUCGCACAACAAGAUGAUGUUGGAGCCUUUGGCUGUCAAUGAUGCUGAGGUGUUCUCUAUAAUUAAAAAGGAAAAGCACAGGCAGACGUAUGGGCUGGAACUGAUUGCUUCAGAGAAUUUCACCAGCAGAGCUGUUCUAGAGGCUUUGGGAUCUUGUAUGAACAACAAGUACUCAGAAGGAUAUCCUGGUCAGAGGUAUUAUGGUGGAACUGAGCAUGUGGACGAGCUGGAGAGACUCUGCCAGAAGAGGGCGUUAGAGGCAUAUGGGCUGGAUUUUGACAAAUGGGGUGUGAACGUGCAGCCAUAUUCAGGUUCUCCUGCCAACUUUGCUGUUUACACCGCCAUCGUGGAACCGCAUGGUAGAAUUAUGGGCCUGGACCUUCCUGAUGGAGGUCACCUGACGCAUGGCUUCAUGACUGAAAAGAAAAAAAUCUCUGCAACGUCCAUCUUCUUUGAGUCCAUGCCGUACAAGGUUAAUCCCGAAACUGGUUACAUCGACUAUGACCGACUGCAAGAAAACGCUCGCCUUUUCCACCCCAAACUCAUCAUUGCAGGAACGAGCUGCUAUUCCCGUAACAUCGAUUAUGCCCGCAUGAGGCUGAUCGCUAACGAGAAUGGUGCGUAUCUGAUGGGAGACAUGGCACACAUCAGUGGACUGGUGGCUGCCGGAGUCGUGCCUUCACCCUUUGACUACUGUGACAUUGUUUCCACGACGACACACAAGACGCUGCGCGGCUGCAGAGCUGGACUGAUAUUCUUCAGGAAAGGUGUGCGCAGCAUAGACGCCAAGGGGAAAGAGACUCUGUACAAUCUCGAGUCUCUAAUCAAUCAGGCCGUCUUUCCAGGGCUGCAGGGUGGACCACACAACCAUGCCAUCGCAGGUGUUGCUGUAGCUCUCAAACAAGCCAUGACACCAGAGUUCAAAGCUUACCAGAUGCAGGUUCUUGUGAACUGCAAAGGUCUGGCCACUGCUCUCAUUGAGCAUGGCUACAAGAUUGUCACUGGUGGUUCUGACAAUCAUCUUAUCCUGUUGGACCUGCGCAGCAAAGGAACCGAUGGAGGACGAGCUGAGAAGGUUCUGGAAGCCUGUGCUAUUGCUUGUAAUAAGAACACCUGUCCAGGGGACAAAAGUGCUUUGCGGCCCAGUGGACUGAGAUUUGGCUCCCCAGCGCUAACCUCGAGAGGCUUGAUGGAAAAUGACUUCAGGAAGGUUGCAGACUUCCUUCACAGAGGUAUUGAGCUGACCUUGGAGGUGCAGAGAAGUCUGGAUCCCAAGGCCACGCUGAAGGAGUUCAUCCAGGCGUUGUCCAAGGAAGAAAAGUUCCAGGAGCGUGUGACCGAGAUCAGAACAGAGGUUGAAGCUUUUGCUGGUCAUUUUGCCAUGCCUGGCCUCCCUGAGCUCUAGAUGAUGACUCAUACACUGAUGGUUGUUGUUGGACUGAUUAUUAUGGAAACUAUUGCAUGCAAUUUUGGAGAUGUUAAUUUGUAUGUGUAGAUUUGAUACGGUUAUACACACACCUUACACAAUCAGCUCAAGACACAUUUUUGUUUAAGCAGGCAUUCAAUAUUUUUUUUGUGGUUUCGUCCACUGCUGCUUUCGAUGUUUCAUUAAAACCUCCAAAUCAAAUUCAUCCUUUCUAUAAAGGUUUCCAUACCUUAUGAGUUGUGCAGUUUGCUGCCCCAAGUAUGACUAUCCUUUUCUUUGAUUAAGCAUCAUGUACAGUAUUCAACACCAGGGACAUAUGCUUUGUUUUUUGAAUGCAACUUCUUUGUCAAUGCAUUGAGUGUGCCUGAGGUGGAUAUAUCUGCUGUGAUCAAUCUGUACAAAUAGAAGCCGCAUGUAGCUGCCCGGAAUGAGCCGGAGGAGUUCUGUCAAGAGCUUUGUAUUUAAAUUGUGUCCUGCAUUAAAAGACUCAAUGCAUUAAA